AUGGGAUAUCCUUUCGGAACAUCUCAUUUUAUUGAAAAACUUGCUUUUGUGGGAACACCAUCUCUUCCCACAAAAGAAGAUUUGUUCUGUUUGCUAGAACAGCGUGGUGCUUUGAUUGACUGUCAGUCAACGAAAGAUACAUUUAUUUAUGCAUCUUCUUGUCGAAUUGAUGGCUUCAGUGAUGUAAUCAAGUUGAUUGCUGAUUCUGUGCAAAAACCAGUUAUCAAAUCAGAUGAUAUGGAGGAUGCUCGACUGGUGAUUGAUUUUGAAAACAAAGAUUUGCAUUCAAAACCAGAAUGUGAGCCAUUACUUACCGAUUGGAUACAUUCUGCAGCAUACAGUGGUAAUACUUUAGGUUUUACAAAAUAUUGUCCUGAAGAAAAUGUAAACACUAUAAAUCGAGAACAUAUUUAUACAUUUAUGAUGCAAUACUACGAACCGAAAAGGAUUGUAGUUGCUGGAAUUGGAGUUGAUCAUGAUGCCUUAGUUUCUUUGUCGAAAGAACUUUUUGAUAUUUCAAAGACGGCUUGGGUGGAAGAUCCCUCUUUAAUUCUGGAGAAAGUACCUCCAAUAAAUAAUUCAUGUUCCCAGUAUACAGGCGGUGAAAAACGAGUUAUCAAGGAUCUCAGUAAUAUGGCACUCGGUCCGACACCGUUUCCCAAUCUUGCUCACUUCGUUCUUGGUUUUGAAAGCUGCGGAUAUCUAGAUGAUGAUUUUGUAGCUUUUUGUGUCUUGCAGUCACUGAUGGGAGGAGGUGGUAGUUUCAGUGCUGGUGGUCCAGGAAAAGGAAUGUAUACUAGAUUAUAUGUAGAUGUUUUAAACAGGCAUCAUUGGAUGUAUAAUGCAACAGCUUUCAACCAUGCUUACAAGGAUUCUGGAAUCUUCCAUAUUCAUUCAUCAAGUGAUCCAUCACGGGUUGGUGAAGCAGUUGAAGUAAUUCUGAAGGAAUUUUUGCGCUUAACUGAAGGUGUAGAGAAAGAAGAAUUGAAUCGGGCUAAAACACAAUUAAAGAGCCAGUUAAUGAUGAAUUUGGAAAUACGACCUGUUAUGUUUGAGGAUUUGGCUAGGCAAGUUUUGGGACAUGGAUACAGACGAAAGCCGAGUGAAUAUUUAGAAAAGAUUGCAGACUCUAUAACGAAUGAAGACAUGAAAAGGAUCGCAGAAUUCAUGUUGACGAAGCGUCCUUCUGUUGUUGGAUAUGGUGAUAUCAAAUAUGUUCCUUCUUAUGACGCAAUUGAAAAAUGUACAGCAACAAGAGAACUUAGUGAUCUGAAGUCGAAAAAAUUUUUCCGGUUUUGA